AUGAGUCAAAGCACAGCCCUGAGCUUCCUGCUAUUUUUUGCGUUGGCAUCAGGUGUCGUGGGAUCUUUGCGCAGUGCAGGGACGGUAGUUAGGGUUAUGAAAGGACAAAAAAGUCCGUUUUAUUUUAAUGUGAAUGCAAGUGAAAGUCAGAACAUGUCGAAGGUGAUCUUCACUGGAGAGAGAACUUAUAUUACCUAUAGAUCCUACCUAACAGAUCCUUUAUUUGGUAACAAUGGGGACUGCCCUUAUUUAAUACCUAAAAAUCCAGAAAUGCCAGCUGCAAGCUCAUUCCAGCUAGUACUUGGAUAUAAAGAAAAAAACACUUGCGAAGAAAUAAAUAUGACAAGGCACGCAGAACUGAUAACGUACCACGGCUAUCAGGCACCCAACAUUCUUUCAAUUAAAAGCGCCAAAAAUAAUAGAGCUGAAGAGAGGCGUUAUACGCUUAUUUUUUCGGAUUACUCAAAGUGCUCCGUGGUUCGGUCAAGCUACAUGAGUGGUGGGUGCGAGAUUUGGGCCCCAACAUCGACCGCCGGCCAAGAGCCGACUCCCUGCUGUCUCUUCCUCUACGAAAUUCUCUGCGGAAAAGUGAAAUUCCAAAUGUGCGAUGCGGAUAAAUGCUCAAUCCCAAUUCCGACAGAGGAACCAGAACCUGUAGAGGUAGUGAUCCAGAAAGACAAGUGA